GGUCACGCCCCCUCCCAGCUCCGCUCCCGCAGUCCGAGCGAAGCCGCUGGUGGAGCCGGUUGUGUUGUCAGGUCAGCCAUGUCAUCUGAUCCUCCCCCGCCGCCGCCACAGCCCCCCACGCAUCAGGCUAUGGUCGGGCUGCUGGACGCUCCUCGGGCCCGGGACCGCUCACCUUCUCCACAUCGGGGCAACGUGGUCCCCAGCCCGUUGCCCACUCGCCGGACCAGGACCUUCUCCGCGACGGUGCGGGCGUCCCAGGGCCCUGUCUACAAAGGAGUCUGCAAGUGCUUCUGCAGGUCCAAGGGCCACGGCUUCAUCACCCCAGCAGACGGCGGCCCCGACAUCUUCCUGCACAUCUCUGAUGUGGAAGGGGAGUAUGUCCCGGUGGAAGGCGACGAGGUCACCUAUAAAAUGUGCUCCAUCCCGCCCAAGAACGAGAAGCUGCAGGCCGUAGAGGUGGUCAUCACUCAUCUGGCACCAGGCACCAAGCACGAGACGUGGUCUGGGCAUGUCGUCAGCAACUAGGGGACCCGUACGACCCUUCUCCUGGGUUUGGGGGAGACUUUGGGGGG